UUUGUGCCCUCCCGAAGGACCUGUAGCUGAAAAACAUCAGUAUACGAACGUCUCGAAAGAUCAAACCAGUUUUGAGGAAACUGAUCAGGUCACCAAAUCACCAUCUAGAUCUUCUCCAAUCCUCUUUCCUUGUCGCUCUCGCGUUGCAUCCCUUUCAAUUUCGUCGAUUUCAUUGUCACGGACUGUUCUUUCUCGCUUCAUUUGAUUCAAAGUUUUUGUUUGAACCCUAAAUCAGUGACUGAGAUUCAAAUUGCAGGUGUGAUGGAGAACUCGCCUGCUAAUCAACUCCCUGAAGUGGAUUCAUUACCAGACGGUUUUGUCGAGAGCUCAGAACAGGAUAAGAAUAACGCAGAUUACAAGGAUACAUUGUCGGAACUCGAUAUUUCCAAUGAAUCCAGACAUGAGCUGGCUUCGUCUUCCCAAGAUUCAUCUGCGAUGAACGAGAUUCGAUUGGCCGAGAACAGAGCCGAGACGAUGGAGAAGAAUAGGAAGUUCCCUGUGGCAUUGUCUGAGAAGGAUAGCAUCGACACUUGUGGGGAUUCAUUGGAUGCAGCCAGGAAGGGUUGCGUCGGGGAUAGUGUAGGUGGAUCAAUCAUGCAUGAAAUGGCUAACUCGGCUGCGGAAUCUUCAGAGAGGGUAUCCUCAUACCAUGAGCUUCCCACGGUUCCGUCACAUAUUGAAGGAGACUGCCAAAUCUCCGAUAGAGUAACUGAAGGUUCCUCAGAGUUGCAAACUACCCAUCUUAAGCAAAGAUCUGCACCAGAAAAUACUGAAUCAAGAAACCGAAAGCUAUCUCAGGAAACAGCUGAAGGGAAACGCAAAAGCGUAAAACGUAACUUAAAGUCAGAGAAGGAGUUCCUGGAGUUCACUUUGAAGUAUCAACAAGUUAUUGCAGAACGAGAUGCAGGUAAACAGGCAAAAUUUUAUCACCAUGUUAAGAGUUUCCACAUAAGGCUUCUGAAGAUGAUUUGUCUUUGGUUAAGUAAGAUACGCCAUCGGAAAACCUGACUCUGUCAGUUAACU